AUCCAUGGUCCGAUCAGUAUAAAACGAGAUUUUAUGAUAUAUUUCUGAAUUUACGACGGCAAUUUUCACAUUUGCAAAUAGUUUUGGGAAUUUAUGAUCAUCCCGACGAUGGAAUGAAUGCAAUGGAUCGAUCGCUGUUUAAUAAAACCAUUGUGGAAUUUCUUCUCGAGUACAAAUUCAAUGGCUUGGAUUUGAAAUGGGACUUGGAGAAAAAAAGUGGUAAUGAUGCCAUCUCGGAGGCAUCUCCAGCAGUAAAUGUGCUGUUACUAGCAAAAUUGUUGCGAGAAGAAUUCGAACCGCGUGGCCUAUCACUGUCAUAUUCCUAUGCUGCCACUGAAAAAGUCCUUCUCAAUGCCAAUCACGACUACCGUGCGUUGUGCAACUAUUUGGAUUACAUGUCUUUCAUGUUGCUCGAUGACUUCGACUCGUUUCACAAUAAAUUUACAAUCAGUGACAUAUUGAAUGCGAAAAGUAUAUCGCAUUUAAAGCAAACAAUUGAUGAUAUUAUCGAAAUUAAUGUGCCAUCGUCGAAAAUUGUGAUGGGCUUGCAGAUAUUUCAUUUAGUAGACAGUAAUUUGGGCUAUAAUGUACUUUGUCACUCGUUAUCGACAUUACUUUAUGACGUUGAGACAAGUUUGGCCGUGUCCAGGCGCGAAGACAAGGCUACAGGCGACAUAUAUGUGGUC